AUGUAUCGCUUCAAGACCGCAGCUCCGCGGCCCCUCCGCGCGCUCGGGCUGGACUCGUUCAACCUGGGCGUCUACAACGGCGAAUGGAGCGGCAACGGGACAAUAGUUGAGACAACUAACCCGGCAACCGGCGAGGUGCUAGGAGCCGUGCAGCAAGCCAGUGCCCAGGACCUGGACUCGACGCUGCAGAAGGCAGCCAAGGCCGCCAGGAUGUGGCGCGAGGUCCCAGCACCCAAGCGUGGCGAGGUGGUGCGGAAAAUGCGCAACGCGCUCAACGACAAAAUCGAGCCACUGGGCCGCCUGGUUGCUCUGGAGAUGGGCAAGAUCCUGCCUGAGGGAAUCGGCGAGGUGCAGGAGUACGUGGACAUUGCCGACUAUGCGGUCGGCCUUAGCCGUAUGCUGAACGGCCAGGUGAUUCCCAGCGAGCGGCCCGGCCAUGCUAUGAUGGAGAUGUGGAAUCCGCUUGGCGUUGUCGGCGUCAUCUCAGCCUUCAACUUCCCGGUGGCCGUGUAUGGCUGGAACAGCGCGCUUAGCCUGGUGUGCGGCAACUCUGUUGUCUGGAAGGGCGCGCCCACUACCAGUCUGACGUCUGUGGCUGUGACCAAGAUCCUGGCUGACGUGCUUGAAUCCAACGGCCUGCCCGGCGCCCUGUGCUCGCUUGCAUGCGGUGGCGCCGAUAUCGGCAAUGCCAUCGCCCACGAUAAGCGCGUCAACCUUGUGUCAUUCACGGGCUCGACCAAGACCGGCCGCGAUGUGGCCACGGUGGUCCAGAAGCGGUUCGGCAAGCACAUUCUGGAGCUCGGCGGCAACAACGCGAUCAUUGUCCACAAGGACGCCGAUAUCGACCUGGCGGUGCGCUCGAUUCUGUUUGCUGCCGUGGGAACCGCCGGCCAGCGCUGCACCACCACGCGUCGCCUGUUCCUGCAUGAGGACAUCCACGAUACGUUUAUCGACCGCCUAAUCAAGGCGUAUGGACAGAUCAAGGUUGGCAACCCGCUGCACCAGGGUGUCCUGUGCGGGCCUCUGCACACCGAGGCGGCCGUCGAGGCAUUCGAGCAGGGCAUCCAGGAUGUGAAGGCCCAGGGCGGCAAGAUUCUGCACGGCGGCAGUGUCCUGAAGGACAUGCCAGGGAACUUUGUCGAGCCCACCAUCACAAGCAUCGCCCAUGAUGCCCCGGUCGUGCACCGCGAGAUCUUCGCGCCUAUCCUGCACACCAUCAAGUUCUCCAGCCUGCCCGAGGCCAUCGAGUGGAACAACGAGGUUGGCCAGGGCCUCAGCAGCAGCCUGUUCACUACUUCCCCCGAGAACAUCUUCCGCUGGAUCGGCCCGGCUGGCUCUGACUGCGGCAUCGUCAACGUCAACAUUCCCACCAAUGGUGCUGAGAUCGGCGGCGCCUUUGGCGGAGAGAAGGAGACUGGCGGAGGCCGCGAGUCUGGCAGCACUGCCUGGCAGCAGUACAUGCGCCGCCAGACCUGCACCAUCAACUACAGCGGCCAGCUGCCGCUUGCCCAGGGUAUCAAGUUCGAGUAG